GUUGAUAUUUUCUUCCGCCCUCCACAACCGCCAAAGCUCCCUCCUCUGAAUUCACAGUUUUACUGCAAUAGCCUCUCUUGAAUGGCCAUUCUAUGGCCGUUUGAGAAUACGUAGGUUCAGAGAAGUUCCCCAGUAGAUCUCAGCAGAAGCUGUCAUCAGUCUGCAUCUGGCUAUGAGGCUUAUUCAAUUCCUCCACCCCUACUCUUCCCCAGAUAUGGAAUCAGGGAAGUUAUCGCAGAAAAAUCAUGACUACAAAAUCCUGGGGCGAUGAGUUAUGGACCAUAGCCGAGUUCCACCUGGAGAAUUCUUAUGCUACACUGGGCAAUGUGGAACCUCAGCCAUUGUGUCCAAAACAUGUGUGCAAUAGAGGUGGCCUACAUCUGUAUUUCAGAAGACAACUCUUUUCUGCAAAUGCUGAUCUAAGAGCCAGAAGCACAUGGUAACACAAAAGCAUAGUCAGAUAUUAUAAUAAAAUUAGUAUUAUUUAGUGCAAGAAGGAGGACUGUAUGGCCUCUAGGCCACUUAUACCUUCCUGAGGUUGUCUAAUUCUUUCCAUGGAUCCAAUCAAAAGGGAAAUCUCAUUUUAUACCCUGGUCCUAUAUUUGUCAUUUACAUUACAAAAACACUGUAUUAAUAAUCUUUACAUAGCUAAUGUAUCUGUUGGCAUAUAUUAUUUUAAAAUGCAUUAGAGAUUAUUUGGCUAAAAUGUCUGGCAAGGACUAAGAUUUAGUCCUUUGUGCAGGUAGAAACUUCUCUUGAGCAGCUGGGAUACUGCAUAGAUAAGUAGGUUUGAGUUGUGUUGCUGAUGCUUUUCAGGAGGGAACAAUAAACUUUAAAUACAGAUUUUUGAUGGCGAUGUUACAUCAACCUGGAAAGAAAGACAAGUCACAAUAGGUUGUACUGAAUUUCUGCAAUAAAAUACUUUAAAAAAAACAACAGCCACCCAUUCACCCAUCCAUUCUCAACAAAAACAUCAGUUCUGAUCAUUUUGGAAGUCCCAUAUUCUGCCUGGUAUCAUUUGUGAUAUACAUGUUCAAAACCUGAGGUUACACAUGUGCAUGUCUAAGUUGGUUGUACCUUCUUGUACUAUGCACACAUACACAUCUGUUUUAAAUGCCAUCUCGGCCAUUUAGUAGCUGCUGGAGGACUUGAGAUGCUCAGGCAGCAUCCAGUGGCAUCCAGGAGAGAAAAACUUUCAUCACCUUCUGGAGAUCUGUUGUGGAAACAACUGCUGUUUCUUUUCAGUUACAGAAAUACAGCCAAACACUGCAUGAGUCCUCAUGGCCACAAAAUGGCCACAGAGAAAUGAUCCACUAUUUGGUAGUUGCCUUCUUCAUAGGGCAAAACAGCAGCACUGCAGAACUGUGCACAUGGAGCAUUAUGCUCUGCCCAGACAAUGCAACUAUCGGUCAGCUCUCAAUGAUGCUAUCGCAGCAAGAAAACUGAAGCCCAACCACCUCAAAGCAAUAACAAGAGGAGCACUGUGCCAUUUGCAACUCAGGCAUUUCUCUGAAGCCAUAAUGUGGUGUGAAGAGGGGUUGAGAACUGAUCCAAAGGAAAAGAAGCUUCUAGAAACAAGAGCCAAAGCUGACAGACUAAAGCGUACUGAGGAGCGAGAUUUCAGAAAAGCAAAACUUCAGGGGAAAAGGGAACAGUCUCAGAAAGAAGCCUUACUCCAAGCUAUCAAGGAUCGGAAUAUCAAAUUGUCUCUGGCAUCCUCUGAAGAUGACACUGAAAUAUCCACAGGCCUUGCUGAGAUGUCUUUAGAUGGACUUAGUUCAGAAAGUGCUCUUGGUGCCAAGGUGUGUCUACAAGAGGAUGGCAGUCUUACUUGGCCAGUGUUGUUCCUGUAUCCAGAGCAUGGGCAAAGUGACUUCAUCUCCACUUUUCAUGAAGAAUCCAGGUUUGUUGACCAUUUAGUGGUCAUGUUUGAAGAGUUGCCUCCCUGGGAUUUAGAAAGAAAGUAUAUUCCCAGUGAACUGGAGAGCACAUGUUCAUGUGUGCAUGUGUGUGCAUUGUCAUGUCUGACUGGUUUCUCUCAUAUCAAGACCAAGAACAGCCCUUUGGGGAAGGGAGAUAGUUCAAUAAAUUCCAUGGUCUGGAUGCAGUGGUGGCACCAAUCUUGUGUAAAUCUUGCUGAUAUGAACUGUCGCCUGUCACACUACAACAGAGUCUGGGUAGUGCAACAGAGUGGCUUCACAUGCCAGCUUUAUUAUGAAGAUGAAGAGAGAGGAGAUAUAUACCAGAUUGACACAGAAACCACAUUGUUACAAGCACUGCAACACCAAAGAUACUUUGUGAAAGCUGGGACUCCUGCUUUUUUGGUUUUGGUAAAACAUGUUCCUUUCUCUGAAAAUUACUUCCUUGGAAAGAAGGUUCACCGACUCAAGUGAAUGAGCAUGAACUCUUUAAAAAGAAGAAGCACAACAAGAGCAACAUGAGCCCUCUUCAGACAUGUAAACUGGAAAGAUUGGAAGAUUUUCUACAUACAUCUUUCCCAAGUGCAGUCAUGGUGGCAGCCUGCUGGAACUUUGUCCUACUGGUCCUGGCCUAUGCAAAAUUAUUCCAUGGAAGAAUGAAAGACUUGGAAUAUCUGGGGGCGAAACCCCAAGCAGUGGAAUUUCAGUUAAAUUCCAUCUUGUAUUGUGACUGUCUCCUUAUUCAGAUACUUAAAUUUUUACAAGUAAAGGAAUAGAGUAAAAUUGGU